AUGUCAAGAAACGUCGCACUGUUCUCUAAUCCUGGCGAAUCGUUGAGAUACACUAGUCAGCCAUGCAACAUAAGAAACUCUGUGCUAAAAGUAGCACUAUCUGAUGCUGAUGUACUUAAUUUUAUACAUAUAAAUCCUGGCAGUUUAAAAAAGAAUAUUGAUGAAAUCCGUUUACUGGUUCAAGAGACUAAUAUUCACAUUAUAGCAAUCUCUGAAACAUGGCUAAAAUCGUGUCAUAAUGAUUUCUUAUUAAAUAUUGAUAGAUUCAAAAUAUUUCGAAACGAUAGGAAAAGCGAUAGGAAAACAAGAGGGGGUGGAGUUGCGAUUUAUGUGAGAAAUGGAAUAAAUGCAAAAAUUGUUGCUAAAAGUCGAGCUAACGGCUUCACAGAAUUUCUCUUCAUUGAAGUUUCAGGAAGUAAUCAUAAAAAAUUAGUAUUUGGGGUCACAUACAAUCCUCCAGACUCUGCACGACUCCAACCACUUUACAACGCAAUUGAAAUGUUAUCACCAAUUUAUGAGGAUAUUGUGAUUAUUGGAGAUUUUAAUACAAACCUCUUAACAAGAAAUUCAAGUACAAAUCAACUGCUAGCAAAUAUGUCCGAAUUCGGUUUAAAUUGCAAACAGACUGAACCAACAAAUUUCUCAAACAUUUACAAUCCGAGUCUUAUUGAUUUAAUUUUUUGUAAUUCGGAUAAAAUUCUCCGCCUUUCACAAAUAUCUCCAGGUAGUUUUACAACUCACGAUCUUCUUUUUGGUUCCUUUGAUUUCACUACAGUAAUUGAUGAAGUAAUUGUCAGGGAUUUCUUAGAUUUUAAAAACGUGAACAAAGACAAGCUUCAAUUAAAUGCAGUGAAAGAAAACUGGGAAAAAAUAUAUGAUAUUCCUAAUAUUGAUGAUCAAGUUGCGCAUGUGACAACGAUUAUAAAUAAAUUAAUAUCUGAAAAUAUUCCAGUUAAAAAGAUAUAUAUUAAUCAAUGCAACGGCUUUGAUUACAAUAAUCCCAAACUUCAUCGACUUAUUAAUCUACGGAAUUACUACCAUAAAAUAUCUCGACGUGAAAGUAAUGGGAAUUUAAGAAAUAAAUAUGAUUUAAAAUAUCGACAUUAUCGUAACAAAGUUACUCUUUUUAUAAGAAAUACAAAAUCAGAAUUCUAUAAGAAAAAAUUUUCACUCUCUCACAACCCCAAGAAACUAUGGAAUAAUUUAAAAAGUAAUGCAAAAAGAAAAUUAUUAAUAUCACCACCCACACUUACUAUUGGAAAUGACGAAAUAUCAUAUUCUGAUCAAGUGAAAGUGCUUGGCCUUACGAUUACUAAUAAUUUGUCAUGGGAUGUUCAUGUUAAUAAUAUUUGUCAUGAUGCUUAUUAUACAUUGUCAUGUCUGAGGCAAUCUCAAUAUUAUGUUCCCAUGAAAAUCAGAAUGCAUUUAAUAAAAUCUCUAAAACGAGCGCCCAAUUAUCUGUUCGAGAAAAUUAUUUUUAAGAGAUUACCUCGUGGUGACACACUCUCAAUUCCAAUGUCAAAUGGAACCAACCAGCAUCAAAAUAGUUUCUUUAUGUAUGGUGUUAGACUGUGGAACUCACUUGAAGCAGAUUUGAGAAGGCUUGACUCGCUAUCGACAUUUAAAAAGAAAUGUUUAUCCCAUUUUGCUACGUAA